AUGGCGCUGAGGGGUCACGGCCAGCAGCCCGCCGGUGUCCGAGGGCCCGGGGUCAUCACAGCGGGGCCCGUCGUUAGCACAAUGGGGCUCUUUGUAUGUGUUUGUGCAGCCGUGUGCGUGUUGUGUGAGCGUGUGGAGGUGGCAGAGGAGCGGGCAGUGCCUGUGUAUUUGUGUGCACUGGAGUAUGUCCAUCUGUCGUCUCCUGUAAGAGUCAGCGUCGUUCAGGACCGAGCUCUUAGGCAGGAAUGCGACUCUCAGACCGCCGCGCCAUCCUCGAGCUUGAUCCUGGACCUCAGCUUGAUCCUGGACCUCGGCUUGAUCCUGGACCUCAGCUUGAUCCUGGACCUCAACCUGAUCCUGGACCUCAGCCUGAUCCUGGACCUCAGCUUGAUCCUGGACCUCAGCCUGAUCCUGAACCUCAGCUUGAUCCUGGACCUCAGCUUGAUCCUGGACCUCAGCCUGAUCCUGGACCUCAGCUUGAUCCUGGACCUCGGCUUGAUCCUGGACUUCAACCUGAUCCUGGACCUCAGCCGGAUCCUGGACCUCAGCUUGAUCCUGGACCUCAGCUUGAUCCUGGACCUCGGCUUGAUCCUGGACUUCAACCUGAUCCUGGACCUCAGCCGGAUCCUGAACCUCAACCUGAUCCUGGACUUCAACUUGAUCCUGGACCUCAGCUUGAUCCUGGACCUCAGCCUGAUCCUGGACCUCAGCUUGAUCCUCAACCUCAGCCUGAUCCUGGACUUCAACUUGAUCCUGGACCUCAGCUUGAUCUUGGACCACAGCUUGAUCCUGGACCUGCCUGAGAUCCUUGCGGUGCUGUGGUCUCUCCGAGCAGCGGGUCUGAACUCCCUGACUCCGGGCCCCGUUCGGUCCACAGCAACGAACGAAACGAGUGCAUUCAAAAGUCCACAGUGGCCAAACUAG